AUGUCAGCCCCAACUUUGAAAGCUGCAAUUCUCGUAGUGUCAACGACUGCUUCGAGAGAUCCGUCGACGGACUCUUCGGGCGGGCUCUUGAAGGAUGUGUUUGAAAAGGAGGGAGGAGACAAAUGGGAGGUGGUAGAUACCAAGAUCGUGAGCGAUGAGGUUUUGGAUAUUCAGCGGAGUAUCAUGGGCUGGACCGAUGGAGAUAGCCCGCUGAAUGUUAUAAUUACUACCGGAGGUACGGGAUUUGCAACCAAGGAUAUUACUCCUGAGGCUGUCACUCCUCUCUUACACAAGCAAGCGCCAGGUCUUGUACAUGGCAUGCUUGCUGCCUCAUUGGAGGUCACGCCGUUUGCCCUCAUGUCACGGCCUGUAGCUGGAGUUCGUAGGAAUACUAUAAUUCUUACACUCCCCGGCUCUCCCAAAGGAGCAAAGGAGAAUCUUCAAUCCGUUAUAAAGCUACUUCCUCAUGCAUGCCUGCAAGCAUCUGGAGCAGACUCCAGGUCACUUCAUGCAGGAGGUGUCAAGAAACUGGAAAAGGACUCAGGACUAAGCUCCGGAUCAGGUCAUCAAUCACAUUCACACAGUCACGAUCAUUCUCACGGACACUCUCAUGGUCAUGGUCAUGGUCACAGUCAUGGGCAUGCAAUGCCGGUGCGGCAUACGGCACCAAGUGAGAAUCCUCGAUCAAAUGAUCCCACUCUCGGACCGACACGGCGCAAUCGAUCGUCCCCCUAUCCGAUGUUAUCAGUUGAAGAUGCCCUCAAGCUUGUGGAACGCCAUACACCACAGCCGCGUGUAGUAAAGGCAAAGGUUGACGGGAACUUGGUAGGCUCUGUCCUUGCUGAAGAUGUCACGGCCACAGAGGCUGUUCCAGCGUACCGUGCGAGUAUUGUAGAUGGCUAUGCGGUGAUUGCACCAGAAGAUGGCUCUUCGAGUAAAGGAGUAUUUCCGGUAGCGUCCAUCUCCCAUGCGGCGCCGGGCGAGAUCCCCCCUUUGAAAGCAGGACAGAUUGCUCGCGUUACUACCGGCGCUCCUCUGCCGCCGGGCGCUACGUCCGUGGUCAUGGUUGAAGAUACAGUGUUGAAGACGAUGACUGAAGAUGGCAAGGAGGAAAAGGACGUCGAAAUCCUGGCAGAAGGCGUUAAGCCCGGGGAGAAUAUUCGAGAAAUCGGGAGCGAUAUCAAGAUCGGCGAGGUUAUUCUUCGGAAAGGAGAAGAAAUAUCUGCUACUGGCGGUGAAUUAGGCUUGCUAGCAUCUGUUGGUAAAGCAGAAGUUACGGUCUAUAAAAAACCAGUUGUUGGGGUAUUAUCAACUGGCGAUGAGAUUGUGCAACACAAUAGGCCUGGAUCUUUACGUCUGGGAGAAGUCCGAGAUUGUAAUAGACCUACGCUUAUGUCUGCUGUUCGUGGCUGCGGAUUUGAAGCAGUUGAUUUUGGCAUUGCACGAGACAAGCCAGGAGACCUGGAACAGAACUUACGGGAUGCACUACGUGAAGUUGAUGUUAUCAUCACUUCAGGUGGCGUGUCAAUGGGCGAGUUGGACCUCCUGAAACCAACAAUUGAGCGAUCUUUGGGCGGGACAAUCCAUUUCGGACGUGUUUCCAUGAAGCCGGGCAAGCCAACAACAUUCGCAACCGUUCCAGUUAAAGACAAUGCGGGGGAGAGGGCCUCGAAGGUUAUAUUUUCAUUGCCCGGGAAUCCAGUGUCGGCUGUAGUCACGUUCCACCUCUUCGUAUUGCCGUCUCUGCAUUACGCUUCCGGAGUCUCUCCUGCAGGGCUGCCCAAAAUACUGGUGACUUUGGCGCAUGACUUCCGUCCUGACCCGCAAAGAGAUGACUAUCACCGCGCAAUAGUCACUCUUGGUAAAGAUGGCUUGAUAUAUGCUAGCAGCACUGGCGGUCAGAGGAGCUCGAGGGUUGGAAGCUUGAAGAGUGCGAAUGCUUUGUUACGCUUACCGGCCGGGAAAGAAACUCUGAGCAAGGGAUCCAAAGUUGAAGCGUUGUUGAUGGGCAAAUUAGGCAGCGACCUUGCUCUGUAG